AUGCCGUUUGGUUUGAAGAAUGCCGGAACUACUUAUCAAAGGACUAUGACUACAUUGUUUCAUGAUAUGAUCCACCAGGAGAUGGAGGUUUAUGUGGAUGACAUUAUAAUCAAAACCAAGAAAGCCGAGGACCAUUUAAUUGAUUUAAGAAAGUUAUUUGAAAGGUUGUGGAAGUACAAUUUGAAGCUAAAUCCUGCGAAAUGCGCCUUUGGAGCACCAGCUGGGAAAAUGUUGGGAUUCAUCAUUAGCAAAAUGGGCAUAAAGAUAGAUCCUGCAAAAAUCAAGCCUCCGGUCCUAGUGCCACCCAAAUCGAGCCGGCCUCUGAUCAUGUACUUAUCUGUGCUCGACGAAGCAGUAGGGUGUGUUCUGGGACAACACGAUGAUUCCGGAAGAAAAGAGCAAGCGAUCUACUAUCUUAGCAAGAAAUUCACCCAGUAUGAGUCUCAUUAUUCAUUUAUUGAGAAAAGCUGCUGUGCAUUGGCCUGGGCGGCUCAAAAGUUGAGACACUACCUGCUAAGUCAUACCACUUAUCUCAUAUCCCGCUCCGAUCCUUUGAAAUACCUCUUGGAGAAGCCGAUGCCAACUGGGCGCCUGGCCAAAUGGCAAAUGAUUCUUUCAGAGUUUGACAUUGUUUUCACUUCGCAAAAGGCCGUCAAGGGGCAAGCUAUAGCCGAUCAUUUGGCAGAAAAUCCAAAGGACGAUGAGUAUCAACCACUCCAUACCUAUUUCCCUGAUGAAAAGGUUUUAUUUGUUGGUGCCGUAGAAGAUAUGAGCGAGCGGUGCCCCGAAUGGAGGUUGUUUUUUGAUGGUGCCGCUAAUUCUGUCGGAGCUAGAAUCGGAGCAGUUCUUGUAUCUCCAGAAGGGAAGCAUUACCCCGGAGCUGCUAAGUUGCAAUUCGCCUGUACAAACAAUAUGGCCGAGUAUGAAGCCUGUAUUUUUGGUCUUAAAAUGGCUUUGGAAAUGGAAGUUAAAGAGUUGAUAGCCUUCAGUGAUUCAGAUUUAUUUGUGCACCAAACGUUGAAACAAUGGAUAACCAGAGAUUCCAAGAUCUUGCCAUACCAUUGUAAUUUGCUCAAUCUGGCUAGACAAUUUCAAAGUUUGGAGUUCAGACAUCUCCCACGAGCCCGAAAUGCAUUUGCAAAUGCCUUGGCCACCUUAUCUUCUAUGAUACAAUAUCCGGAUGAAUUAGGAAUCGAGCCUAUCCGGAUCCAACUCCAGGACAAGCCUGUUCAUUGUUGGGUCGUGGACAAAACAUCUGGCAAAAGCCCUUGGUACAAUGAUAUUAAGGAGUUCAUCAAAACCGGGUCUUACCCUCUAGAAGCUACUGCAAAUGACAAGGGUUUCCUGCGCAAAAUGGCCUCGAAGUUUUUCUUAAGCGGAGAGGUAUUAUACAAAAGGACCUCAGACUUGAACCUAUUAAGGUGCAUCGGUGAAGAUGAAGCUCAAUACAUGAUGAAAGAGGUGCAUAGCGGUGUCUGCGGACCUUACAUGAAUGGACAUUUGUUGGCGAAGAAAAUUAUGAGAACCGGGUAUUUUUGGCUUACAAUGGAACGCGAUUGCAUAGAUUUUGUCCGGAGGUGUAUUAAAUGUCAAGUGCAUGGCGACGUUAUACGUGCUCCUCCCACCGAAUUGCAUAGCAUGAUUGCCCCAUGGCCCUGCUCAAUGUGGGGUAUGGACGUGAUCAGCACAAUUGACCCUCCUGCUUCAAAUGGACAUCGAUUUAUAUUAGUGGCAAUUGAAUAUUUUACCAAGUGGGUUGAAGAAGAAUCAUUCAAGCACGUGACAAAGAAGGUGGUGGCAAAUUUCUUAAGAGAUCACAUCAUAUGCCAAUUUGGGGUGCCAGAAACACUGAUUACAGACAAUGCCAAGAAUCUCAACAAUGACAUGGUGGACGGGCUAUGCGAACAGUUCAAAAUCAGACAUCGCAAUUCUGCCAUCUAUAGACCGCAGAUGAAAGGAGCCGUGGAGGCCGUGAACAAGAAUUUGAAAAAGAUCAUCCGCAAAAUGAUUGAAAAACACCGUGAUUGGCAUGAAAAACUUCCUUAUGCACUGAUGGCAUAUCGGACUUCUAUUCGAACUUCAACUGGGGCAACCCUCUAUUCGCUCAUGUAUGGAAUGGAAGCUGUGCUGCCUGCCGAAGUCGAAAUCCCUUCAUUGCGAGUUUUAAUGGAGGCCAAGUUGGAAGAGGCUGAUUGGAUAAAACAGCGUUUUGAACAACUGUCCUUGAUUGAUGAAAAGCGGCUUAAUGCUAUUUGUCAUGGCCAAUGUUACCAAAAGCGCAUGGCCCGGGCCUACAACAAGAAGGUCCAUUUGCGCACAUUUGAAGAAGGCGACAAAGUGCUGAAGCGGAUUUUGCCAGUGCAAGAUGAGGCCAAAGGAAUGGAGAACGGUAAUGGAGGUCAUGCAGCUAAUGGUAAUGGAGAGACUAACGGUCAUGUGGAGCCUCUUAGACCUAUCCGAUAUCGAGUAUUUGGUGGAGGACCUCGUGUCCGAUACUCGCAUUCCUCUAGAUUCCCUCAUUUUUCUUGUAGGGAGACGCAUGCCUACCCUAAUGAUCUAGUGCUGUCCAUUGAUAAUGAGCGCCGACAGCUAUGGAUUUCUAAUAGGGCACUACUUGAGCAGGUUGAGGAGCUGAGGGCUAUAGUGGAGGCCCAGAGUGCUAGGAUCGUGGAACUUGAAGGGACAGUGAUCGAUAAGCGGGUUAGAGAUAUGGCCGCUCGUGACCAAGUUCAGAGGACUAGGGCUCGACUAGUUAGGAUAGUCAAGGAGAUCAAAGAGCGAGCCGCUGGAAUUUUAACUGACACCACCAUGCUGAUAAAUGAGGUAGUAGACGGAUUUGAGAGCUCAGCCCAUGAGGGCACUGUUGAGAGGACCUAA